CAUAUGUGAUGUACUGUGUUUGGGAGAGUCAGACAUCUGCAGAGACCAAAGAAAGAUGAAGCUCCAACACUCUCUUCUCUACCUGUGUGUUGUUAUUUCUUCUGCCUUGUCCCAGAAUGAAGAGUCACCGGGUCUGGGCCCCAGAGGUGCCCGCCCCAUAGAGCAUGGUUACAAAGCUGAUAAAUGUGCCACAGAAAAAGAAUGGCCCAUCUGCACGGAUGAAGACUGGGGUAGAAAAUGUCCAUCCGGUUGCAGAAUUCAAGGCCUCCUUGAUACAACUGACCAUGAGCUUCUCAGUAAAAUUCAGAAGAUUCGCAAGUUACUUGAUGAGGGAAAAAAGAUGCAUCGAUCUGCUGAUCAGGUGUCCAAAGAAACCUACAACUAUUUACGAGAACGGCUUGUCUCCGGUUCAGAUAACGACAACAGGUUUGCUGACUUGGCCGAACAGCUGAGGCAGAGGAUUGUUGAGAUGAAGAUUAAAAUUGACCGUCAGCUCAAGGUGCUGGAAGCUUUGAAAUCUCAGGUGAAAAAACAGGUCAUCGCCAUGCAGCGCUUAGAGGUUGAUAUUGACAUCAAGCUGCGCAGCUGCAAAGGCUCUUGUGCAAGCUACGCUGAAUUCUCUGUGGACAAGGAGAGCUAUGUGGCACUAGACAAGCAGCUGGAUCGCCUGGAUACCAUGCAGGUUCAAAGCGUGGAGACCGUCAGUUCACUGAGGGUCAUGAAGAGCAGGCCAAUGAAAGAUGUAGUCGUACCCAGCAUCUAUAAGUCUGGAAUGACCGGAACAGAUCGAGCUGAGCAGAAGAAACCCUUGUUCACUGAUGUAGGACAGAUUCAGCUCUCCCUGGAAGCGGAGGGGUCCACUGCAAAAACACCCCUUAUCGUCAGCAAGGUCCCUACAGGUACGGGCCCAAUUGCACCCUCCACUUCAGGUGUCAGCUGCACCAAGACGGUGCGCAAGGUGGUGACCCACACCAAAGAUGGUCUUCAGGAGAAGUAUGAAACAGUGAGCAGUGGAGGACCCGGGUGCGACAACCUCCAAAAACUAGGCCUUUCUGAAAGAGAUUCGAAGUCCAUUACUACAUUUAGUCGUGGUGAUGCAGAUCUGGGAGAUUUUGGAGGAGAUUUCUUUAAGCAACUAGGAACUGGGGGCUCAUCCUCCUCUUCCACGUUCUCUUCUUCCUCCUCCUCCUCCUCCUCCUCCAAAACCAUCUUGACUGGUGGAAGCAAAGGUUUUGUCUCAAACACUAAGACCGUCCUGUCCACAUCCUCGCCUUUUGGGGAUGAUGGCGCGUUCUUGAAUGCUGAUGUGGAAGAUGAUCUUCCUGACAUCCAUGCGCGGAGUCUGAAGUCCCGUGAUGAGCGCAAGGAUGGUUUUGUUGGCGGAGAUUGCGUUGAUAUCCUGCAGAACCAUGCCACGGGUGGUCAGAGCGGCCUGUUCAAAGUAAAGCCAGCUGGGUCGGAGGAAGUAGUGGAGGUUUACUGUGACCAGACCACAGGUCUGGGGGGCUGGGCUCUGAUCCAGCAGAGGGAGGAUGGGUCAGUUAACUUCAAUCGCACAUGGGAGGAGUACCGGGUUGGCUUUGGCAAGGUAGAUAAGCGAGGGAAGGGUGAGGUGUGGAUUGGAAACCAUAUCCUGCAUCUCCUCACUCAGACAGAAAGUCUACUGAGAGUGGAGCUGCAGGACUGGCAAGGCAAGGAAGUUUAUGCUGAAUACAAUGUCAAAGUAGGCUCAGAAGCCGAGGGUUUCCUACUGAGCGUAUCUUCUUACACUGGAGAUGCAGGGGAUGCACUUGUGCAGGGACAUGCUAAUAUGGGUUCUUUCCUCUCACAUGCUGGUAUGAAGUUUAGUACCUUCGACAAGGACAAUGAUAAGUGGGAGGAGAACUGUGCAGCUACAUAUGGAGGGGGCUGGUGGUACAACAACUGUCAGUCAGCAAACCUUAAUGGGAUAUACUAUAAAGGAGGGCGGUAUGACCCUGGUAGUAACGUUCCUUAUGAAAUAGAGAAUGGCAUUGUGUGGCUGCCCUUUAAACCAGAUGAUUAUUCCCUUAAAGUGGUUAGAAUGAAGGUUAGACCGCUCUGAACUCCUUCAGAAAUAAAAGCCAAUUGUGAAAUCUGAACAAAAGAAAAGGAAACAGGGAAAGAAAAGCUGUUGUUGCGGAGUAUGGAUUUUUUUAACUUCAGGCAUAAUUUUUGUAAAAUGUCACACAACCAAAUGACCUCAUGUUUUCAAUAAAAUGUGUUCACUUAAA